AUGUGGUUAAAUAAUAGAUGUACUGGUGGAAUGGAUAAAGAAAAAGUAGAUGAAACUUCAACUCCAGUAUUAAAAUGGAACAAAGUUCCAAUCCAAGAUGGACCACAACCAAGACCUCGCCAUGGACAUCGAGCAGUUUCGAUCAAAGAUCUUUUAAUUGUCUUUGGUGGUGGAAAUGAAGGAAUUAUAGAUGAAUUACAUGUUUACAAUGCAGUAAAAAACCAAUGGUUUGUACCCCAGGUUUCUGGUAACAUACCUCCUGGGUGUGCUGCAUUUGGCUUAGUUGUUGAUAAUACUAGACUACUCAUUUUUGGUGGUAUGAUUGAAUAUGGCAAGUAUUCAAAUGAACUCUAUGAAUUGCAAGCAAGUAGAUGGCAUUGGAAUAGACUUACACCUAGACCUCCUCUUUAUCACAUGUCUCCAUGUGCAAGGCUUGGUCAUUCUUUUACAUUGAUAGGUAAUAAAGUUUACUUAUUUGGAGGAUUAGCCAAUGAUAGUAAUGACUCAAAAAAUAAUGUACCACGUUAUAUGAAUGAUCUAUAUACAUUAGAUAUAUCUUCACCAGAUGCUUUAGCCUGGGAUAUACCAGAAACCAUAGGCGAUUUCCCACCUCCUCGAGAAUCCCACACUGCAAUAGCUUAUACUGACUCCAAAGGAAAAUGUAAACUUAUUAUUUAUGGUGGUAUGUGUGGUUGUCGACUAGGUGAUUUAUGGACUUUAGAUAUAGAUUCGAUGUCAUGGAAUAAACCUAUUGUUUUAGGUACUGAACCUCUACCUAGAUCUUUGCAUACAUCGGUUGCUGUAAAUAAUCGUAUGUUUGUUUUUGGUGGUUGGGUUCCAUAUAUUGAAGAAGGUCAGAUUCCCCUGCAUGAAAAAGAAUGGAAAUGUACUAACCAAUUGGCUUGUCUUAAUUUAGAAACAAUGACUUGGGAAAAAUUAACAUGGCCAAUGAAAAUGACUGAUGAUAUUAUGCCUAGAGCCAGAGCUGGACACUGUGCAGUUAAAAUCCAAACAAGGAUGUUUAUAUGGUCAGGCCGGGAUGGUUACAAGAAAGCAUGGAAUAAUCAAAUCUGUUGUACUGAUUUAUGGUAUUUAGAAGUAGAUAAACCGGAAAAAUGUGCUAAAAAUCAGUUGGUUCGAGCAUCGACAGAUGCUCUGGAAAUUAUGUGGAAUAGUGUACCAACCGCUGCGGCCUAUAUUUUACAAAUUCAAAAGUAUGAUUUACCAGUAGACAUAGCUGCUCUGGCUCCACCAUCAAUGGUUGACUAUUCAUUAAUACCUUUCUUCUUAUCUGAAAUACCUAAACAAAUUACUAAUAAUGAUGAUCAUCAAACUGAACUUUCAAAAUCGCCUAAAGUUAAAAGCCCAGCUAAACCAAAUCAAAUCAUGCCGAUAUUACCUCAGAGUUCCACUGUUAAAUUUCCAUCUUUAAUACAAGAACAACAGUUUGUCUCUGUUACUGUACAAGCCUCUGGAAAUAUGAAUAUAAAAACUGUUCAAAGUACUAAUGUUGUACCUUCAUUAUCACAAAAUUUGAAAGCAGUGAGUACUGUUACAUCAAAGGGGACUCCUGGAUUUAUCAGUACACCUGCAAUGGACAUUUUGUCAGAUGAUUCUAUGUGUACACUUGCUCUUGCAGCUUCAACUACUCAAAAGAUUAAAACCACUGUUGUUUCUAAACAAUUUGAACAUCCAAAACCUGUGAUUAAACCUACAAGUGCACCUUACAAGAUUGUUCAAGCACCAAGACCAAUAAAAAAUGUUAUACCUCCUGUAAACACUAUAGUUCCACAGCAACAGGCCAUUUGUAUGGCUGGACCUACUUCACAAACUACAGCAACUGGGACAAUUCCAAUUUUUAAAACUGGAUCUAAUGUUUUGAGAAAACAGGUGAUCUUGCAACAAUCAAGUAGUUUGCAUUCAAAUUUUAUUACUUUGGUCAAGGCCAGUCAAGGUAACUGUAUACAAGGUAUUCCAGGAAAAAUGAUUGUACCAUCUAUUGGAACACCAAAUAAAAAUAUCCAAUCAUCAGCUAUAAAAAUCAUGAAUCCUCCGAUUAACCAUCAGAGCACACUCAUUAAAACAAAUCAAACCAUGAAAACUGUUCCAUUAAUUUCUGUAGGAACAAAACUACCAGCCACUGUUAACACACCAACUAUUGUUAUACAAAAAAACAAUCCAAACCUAUCAGCUUCUUCACAAAUUAUAAUUGUAACGACUAGUUCAAAUCUUAGGGGUGUACAAACAUUUUCUUCACCCCAAGCUACCAAUAUAACCAGUGCUAAUCGUACCAGUGUAACUACUACACCUGUCCAAAUGGUAAUGGUAUCAUCAAGUGGUAAUACCCCAACUGGAAGCAAACCUAUCACUUUCACUAGGGUAGCUGGACCUGGUAAUCGGAAAAUGGUUACAAUAGGUAAAUCAAACUUGCCUGGAAUGACAAUCGGUGGUAAACCUGUAACACUUCAAAUGGUUAGUGGUCAAAAUAAUAUGACUGUAAUAACUUCAAAUUCAGGUGGUAAUGUUGCUCAGUUGAAGAACACAAAUAUUGUGAACACACUUAAUACACCUCAGUCCAUUGGAAUAAAUUCAAAAUUACCAUCAACUAUAAAAUUAUCUUCGGAUUCACCAACUAGUUCUGAAUCAGCAUUAACUCAGUUAGCUUUAGAAGCAGGCAUUAUAAAUUCAUCCAAUAAAGAGAUCUGGAAGAAUAUGGAAGUUAUGGAUGAAUCCACUGAUUGUACUACAGACAAAUUAAAAAAUCUAAUUAAGGAAGAAGGAAUUGAUGAACUGGAUGAUGAUGUGUCUGAUAUCAACAAAUAUUAACGGAAUAAGCUUUAUUCUGGUAACUUAACUGGUAUUGCUUAUUGAUUUUAUUUAUAGUUAAUUUUGUAUUUUAAUUUUUUUUUUUAUAUAUGUAGCAUGUUUCACUUUAGUCUAGUA